AUGUCUGAAGGUCAAGAUAUCUUAUAUGAAGUUAGAGGUAAAGUUACCAUCAUCACUUUAAAUCUUCCUGAUAAAUUAAAUGCUUUAAAUGGAGCUCAAUAUAAUUUAUUAGGUAAAUUAGUUGAAAGAGCUGAUAAAGAAGAAGAUACUAUUAUUACUUUACUUCAAGCUACGGGACGUUAUUUCAGUGCUGGUGCCAAUGUGGCUGAUAAAAAUUUAUCCAGUGUUGAUCCAUCAACUCUUUUCAGUCAUGAAUAUUGGUUAGCUAAUUUUGUUGCAAGAAAUGUUUGGUUAACUGAUUUAUUUCAUAAUCAUAGAAAAAUCUUAGCUGCUGCUGUUAAUGGUCCUGUUAUUGGAUUAUCAACUGCUUUAUUAGCUUUAUGUGAUUUAAUCUAUGUUAAAGAUACUACUAAAUUCUUUUUAUUAGCUCCAUUUGCUAAUUUAGGUUUAGUAGCUGAAGGGGCUUCAUCAUCAACUUUAUUCCUUAGAUUAGGAUGGUCAAAAUCAGCUGAAGCUUUAUUAUUAGCUAGACCUAUUAAAGGAGAAGAAUUAGAAAGAAUUGGAUUUAUUAAUAAAUCUUAUAAUGGACAAUUUUCAACCACUGAAGAAUUUAAUCAACAUGUUCAUGAUGAAUUAGUAUCUCAAGUUGAAAAUUUACAUGAAGAUUCAAUCUAUCAAAAUAAAGAAUUAUUAAAAGCUCAAAGAGAUCAAUUGAUUACUUCAUCCAAUUCAAGAGAAGUUACAAGAGGAUUAUAUAAAUGGCUUGAUGGUAUUCCUCAAUCAAGAUUUGUUCAAAUGAGUCAAAAGGAAAGAAAACAUAAAUUUUAG